GAAAGAAGUCCGCGCAUCACCCGCAAACUGAUGUGUUAAGAGAGAAGUGAGCAGCAGCAGCAGCGCCUGGAUCAGCCGGUUUUUCUUUUCCCUCUCCGGUGUCCUCUCUUUUCUCUCGGCAGACAGCGCGCCUCUCCUCUCGCCUCACAACCCCCAGCUGUCUCGGACCGGCUGCCACAUCAAAUAUAUCUCCUUCAUGAUGGCACGCGCAGUGUGUGGCAUCCAUUGCUCUUCGAAAGCUUGAGAUGGAGAUCCUGCCUGUUAAGUUGUGUGCGCAAGGGAGCAUCUCUCUCGCUGGGCCGCCAGCCUCAACAGGCGAGGCGACGCUGACUGACCUCGCCGUAGAUCUGGCUUGCAUGGUAAGCCACAAAGCACGACAACGAGUUGGUGUCCAUGAGUUCCAUGCGUUCUCUCUUCUGUUACGGUCCCGUGCGUUCUCUCUUUUCUCUCUCUCUCUCUCUCUCUCUCUCUCUCUCAGUAUCGCCUGUGUGACGAAUGGGGCUACAAUGAAGGCGAUAGCAGCAACUUCACGAUUGCUGUCAAAACAGAUGAUGGGUCCAUGCUCUUCUUCCUGAUCAAGUGAGCACACGGGUGCACAGCGUCUGUCAACACGUCUUUCUCUGCAUGUGUGCAUUUGGUUGCCUUCCCUUCAUUCAGGCAUGGUGUGCAGUGGCAAGAUGUGACAGUGAGGGAUAUAAUCCUGGUCAAUGCAGCGGGCGAUGUAGUGCACGGUAGGCAGGGCAACACAAUCUCACCGAUGGUUUGUGUUGGUCAUGGCGGUCAUUCGGCAGGCAGACUGGGGAUGCGGGAGCAAUGAGGCGUGCCCUUCCUCGGCCCACUUUGACGUCAUUGGCUUCCACAUCCGCCGGGCCAUCCACGAGCGCCUGGGUGCGAAUGGUGCUUCCCGAACACAUAGAAAGCACACACAUGAUGCACCCAUACAAUCAUGUGUGUGAAUGGGGCACAUGCACGCACCUGAAUGGCAGGCAGCGUGGUGCUUCACACGCACAUGCCCACUGCCACCACUAUGAGCGUCAUGCGCACGGAGAACGGUUCGCGAAUUACCUGCUCGCCUGCGUCCACUGUCUCACGUGUGGGUCGGUGUGAGUAUGUGUGUUUGCAGGAGGCUUGGUAUUCCCCAUCCAUCAGGCCUCCUGCCGCUUCCACGACAAUGUCGUGUAUGAUGAGAAGUUCAGCGGGUUGGCUUGUGGGCCGGAGGAGGGCUAUGCAGAGGGCAACAGAGUGGCCGACGUCCUCACUGGCGGCGGGGCCACAAGCAGAGUGCGUGCUGUGUUCUUACGAAAUCACGGCCCAAUGAUUGUGGGACGCAACGGUCGGUCAGCAGACGCAAAGACACACACAAUGGAGCCCGCCCGGAUGUCGUGCCUGGUGUGUUUCGAUUUGUCAGUGUGGGAGGCGUUGGAUGAUCUGUACUAUCUCCAUCGAGCAUGCCUCUUCCAAGCAGAGGCUCUCAAGACAGCUGGGGGAGACAUGUCAAGGCUGGCGCCACUCAAAGACGACAUUGCACUCGCCACAUCCAGACAGGUGACACACAUGCUCACAUUCAGUCUCUGUCUUGGCCGUGGGCCAUGUGUGAUGUGUCUUGCUGUGUUCUGACUGAUGCAGUCUGACCAUGUUCGCUCCUUGAAGGGCUGGAAACACAUCUCCUCACACAGGACGCGGCUGCUCAAGGCCAUCCCAUCCAUUGCAGAUGUGUGUUGACAGACAGAUAGCUGUGCUGAGGACUGACAGGCUUGCGUGUUGACGCAUUAGAUAGACGUAGCCAUAGACGUCAUGGGCCGCAGGCUUGCGAAGACGAAGGCGAGAGACCGAUGAGUCAUUCUUGUAUGUCCAACCACAUGCACGUCCG